GUCAUGUCACUUUCAUAGAUAUACUCACUCUUCCCUUCCCUUCCCUUCUGCAUUUAUGCAUUUCACUUCAUUCUCUUCUCAUUUAUUUUUUUAUUCAUUAUUCCAUUUUUUCCCCUUUAAUUUCAACUCCUCCAACUCUCCUCCUCUGCACUCUUUGAAUAAAACCCAGUUUUAUUCUUGCAGUGAAUGAAGUUUUGUGUUUCUUGAAAAAGUGCAACAAUAAAUUAUUAUUGAUUUUAAACUACAUAAGUCUACAUAAGAGAUUUAUUUAUUAAUUAAAGAUGCCCUUAUUAGAAGAAGAUUCUUCUUCUUCCAUCCCUUUCCCAGAUCUCUCCCUUCACAUUAGUCUUCCCCGGAGCUCCGGUGACCGGUCAUCGUCCGCGGCGGUCACGGACACCGAGCUCUCGUUAAGUACUUCCGGCCGCCGGCCACGGGGCGAUGGGGUUUCCACGACGGAGCCGAUUAACGGGAUCCCGGUUUACCACGACCCGAGCGGCACCUGCCUCCGCUCCUCCUUUGCGGCCGCUCACCGGAGCGUGGCCGGAGCAUCGGCGGGCAGGGUUGACGGGAUGGCGGCGGCGGCCGGUUUUCAUGAAAUGCUGCAGCGGCAGCACUAUUUCAACAGCCACCGGUACGGUGAGUUUCCGGUGGCUCACGGCGGGGCGAUGAGGCCGAGAUUUUGCCCAAAAUUUCAGGCGAGGCGGAGCACGAGGGCGCCGCGUAUGCGGUGGACAACCACCCUCCACUCCCGGUUCGUUCACGCCGUCGAACUCCUCGGCGGCCAUGAAAGGGCAACCCCAAAAUCAGUGCUAGAGCUAAUGGAUGUGAAAGAUCUCACCCUAGCUCAUGUCAAGAGCCAUUUACAGAUGUAUCGAACUGUUAAAACGACGAGCAGCAAACCUGCCGCAGCCUCAUCAGGGCUAUCGGAUGGCUCGGUGGAAGAAGAACAGUCGUCGUCGAUGGGCAGUGGCGGCGGAGGAGAUUAUUCCGCCGCCGGAGUACGCCAAUUGAUUGGCCAAGCUGCCGCCGCUCUGCCACCACUCGAAUCUAAACUCAUUCCUAGCAUGACCACUCUUUGGAGCAACUCUUCAAGUGGAGAUGUAUUGUUAGAAGCAAGUAGUUUGAGAGCUUCUUCCUUUCCAACAUUUCAUCACAUUCAGGAAUGGGAUUCGGGGAGGGCCAAUAGGUGCAUGAGCUCCGGAUGGGAUGAAAUAAAGCCCAGUUUGGAAUUCACAUUGGGCAGAUCCGAUUGGGCUCAAAAGCAAAACCACUAGCCAAACAUUUCCUGGACCAGGCCGUUAACUAUACUGAAAUCUCAUAUUAUAGUCUUAGGUGGGCUGCUCGCUUCCAUCAACCUCACAACUCCAAAGGAUAUCUUGUGCAUCGGGCUUUAUGUAAAGUCUUCAUACUUACUUUGGGCCAAGGCCGAGUAAUGACAAAAGAAGGGGCUUAUCGUGAAAAUUAGGGUUUUUUAGAUUUGAUUUUCGACAACGACGAUGAAAGAUGGUCACGCGUAAGAUAAAAGCUUUGAAUGUACCUUGAAAUGGAUUUCAUCCCUUUUUGUUAGACACUAACACUAUAAAUUAAUUUAUUUCCU